AUGGCGAGACCUACGACGAUAAGACUAGAACAACGCAUUCCCCGCGGGAGCCAGCCUUAUCCCUUUUAUCGUUGGAGAUUCAGGGGCGAGCACGUCGAUACUGCGCUCAUGCAUGCUGUACGUAUCGAAAAUGUGAAGAUGGUUAAACAUUUUACCGAGACGUUGAAUCCUGCGGCGAUGUUCCGUUCCCGAAGCUCGGACCUUCCAUUUGAUACCGCCAUGUCUAAGUUCGAAAACAACAAAACCGAUACCAACUACAUCGCGAUCUUAAAGAUAUUAUUCAAGACUGUCCAUAUAAAGCACUACGUGCGUUGCCAGGGACGCUUCUGUACACCACUGUCUUGUGCGGUGCUGCACAAUUUCGAGGAUGAAGUGAGAGAAUUGGUGUCGAGGAAGGCCUCGUUCGAAGACACGGACGGCUGGGGGCUCACGCCCUUGACGACGGCAAUUUUGGCAAAUAAUGAUGAGAUGCAAAGCUUUUGA